AUGUUUCACUCUCACUCGUUCGGUGUUGGUCCGAGCAGACUCUCUCCCUACAACGGUGGCGCUUACUGCACUCGACCGAGGGAACAGCCAACGUUCGAUCUUCUCGACCUGUCAAACCAUUCAUCACGCCCAUUUGGCCCCUUUGUCGCCGAUCAUCGAAGCCCUUGCCACCACCACACGAGUCACAACGACAUCAAUCGGAACAUCACCCUCGCAAUGUCGCACGCACAAGAUCCCAGCAUCGCAGACGACGAGCUUGCCACCACUGCUACCGCCGGCUACAAGGUGGGCGAGAAAAAGUCGCUCGCCGAAUACUCGCAGCUCGACGCCGAAGACGAGUCGCUUGCAAGGUGGAAGGCGAGUCUCGGCAUCGGUGCCUCCACCGGUGCCGUCGACCCGAAUGCCCCCAAGCUCUCGCUGCACUCCCUCUCACUCGUAUCCGCGACUGCGCCCGGUGGGAGCAUCUCGAUCAACCUCCAGCAGCCCAAAGAACAGCUCGCGCAGAUCAAGCAGAACCCGCUCACCGUCAAAGAGGGCGUCGAGUACAGCGUCAAGAUCCAAUUCAGCGUAGGCAGCGAUAUCCUCUCGGGUCUCAAGUACGUUCAGGUGGUGAAGCGCGCCGGCAUCAAAGUCGACAAGAUGGAAGAGAUGAUCGGAUCGUACGGUCCACGAGCCGAGCCGUACGAGAAGGCGUUUGCUUCCAGCGAAGCUCCCAGCGGUAUGAUGGCUCGUGGCAACUACAGCGUUCGCAGCCGUGUGGUCGACGACGACAACAAUGUGUUUGCCGAUUGGGAGUGGGCUUUCAAGAUCGCCAAGGACUGGUGA